AACUGGCUCAGAAGAUCAUGCUUUCAUUUCGUAUUAUCCUCAGAUGUGGAGCGGCUAGACAAAGACUUGGUUACAAGAGAUGUCUAAGUGAACAGAGAGUGACGCCAGAGAGCCUACUUGAGGAAUAUAAUGAGAAGAUUACCACAUUACACAAGCAGUUUGCUGGCCGAACUGUCAGCCCAAGGUCAGUUUUCACUAAUUCUGAGCUCUCCCUGAGGUACAUUAAUGUGUACGGGUUCGACUAUGACUUUACCCUCGUCCAAUACACGCCCGAAGUUAUGAAACUCAUUUAUGAUGAGUCUAAGAAGAGACUAGUCAACAAACUUGGAUACCCAGAGCGUAUCAAGUCUUUUGAAUACAAUCCGGAUCUUGUCAUCAGGGGGCUACAUUUGGACAUCAGAAAUGGGUAUAUUAUGAAGAUGGAUGCUUAUCAUCACAUACAGCUGGCUUCUGUGCAUAGAGGCCACCGUUUGGUGGAUCCGCAAGUUGUGAUUGAUUCGUAUGGAGGGACCCACAUACCGCUACACAUAAUGGACGACCAUCAUCACAGGACAACAGCAGAAGGCUCUUCCACUAAUCUAGUUCAGUUUCUUGAUUCUUUCUCUCUACCUGAAGUGGCUUUAUUUGUUGACAUAUCAGAAUAUCUUAUUAGUCAUAACAUUUCAUUUGAUCCGGAGUACUUGUAUCUUGAUGUUGAAGAAACAGUCAAAAAUGUCCACUAUUCUAACUUGGUACACACCACCAUUGUCAAUGACCCAGAUCGCUACAUCGAGCCUUUCCCGAACCUACUGCCGUUACUCACUCGUCUAAAAGAUGCAGGAAAGAAAAUUUUCCUCCUAACGAACAGCGAAUUUGAUUUUGUUAACAGAGGUAUGUGUCAUGUGACCAAGUCCCCCGACUGGCGUGACCUGUUUGACGUGAUAGUCUGCUCAGCACGCAAACCUUUAUUUUAUAGCAGUGUCAACAGACCCUUUCGAGCUCUUGACCAAGAGACAAUGAUGCCAUCAUGGCAGAGAGUGGCCGAGUUAAGGCCAGCAAGAGAGUGCCUGUACACACAGGGAAACAUCAGCGAGUUCAUCAAACUAACUGGAUGGAGGGGAAACCAUGUCUUGUACAUUGGGGACCAUUUGCUCUCUGAUUUAAGCAAUCCUUCUCUUCAUCUUGGUUGGAAGACGUGUGCAAUUAUACCCGAGCUGGACAAAGAGAUAAGGAAAGCCAAUUCAUUGCAGUACAAGGCACAACUUGCAUCACUACUGGCAGUUGAGAUGCUAUUGAAAGAGCAUCAGAACAAAAAUGAUUCUAGCCUAAUGGCCAUCACUGAUAAAUGGAGGAAAGAAAGAGCAGAGAAAAGGAAGUUUCUGAAGGACUAUUCCAACAUAAAGUUUGGUAGUAUCUUCAGGACGGAGAAAGCUCCAACUUACUUCUCACGUCGUCUCGCACGUUUUGCUAACCUUUACACCUCCUCUCUCGACAACCUCAUGGACUUUUCACUUGAGCACAGAUUUUAUCCUCGUCGUGCGUCCCUCCCUCACGAACCUGAUGUUAAUUUUGACGUUUAAAUGAAACAAGAAGCCCCCUCCAACUUGCAUUCAUGAUAUUCACAUUUUUCAAGUACUUGUUUUUCUGCUGUCAUUAGCCGAACUAUAAUGCAUACAUGAUGAUGCUGCAAAAGCUUAAUAAUACAUUCAACCCCUCACUACGUCACCAGCAUUAAUGAUAUUUAUUGAUACAAUGAGAUUUAGCUAUAAAAUGAA